AUGCAGUUGUCACUCAUCACCUUUGCCUCUCUGGCGUCUGUCACCAUUGCUUCCGCCUCCGUUGAGGAGCGUGACUUCUGGCCUGCUCACAUCCCCCUUGCCAAGCGUGCCGUGAGUGGUGCUGAGUACCAGUGCCACGCCAACUGCGGUUACACCAUCCUCAAUGCCCAGCAGAGCGGCUACUGUGAUAACUCUCAGUGGAAGAUCUACUACCAGGGAUGUAUGGAGUGUGCCUACACCUACAACCUCUGGCCUGACUACGGCGAUGGUGUUACCUCUGCUGCUAAGGCCUGUGGCUUGACUGUUUCGCCCAGCCCGUCCAGCGGCUCCUCGCAAGCUUCCUCUACGGCCUCUGCCCAGAGCUCCGCUGCCCAGACAAGCGCCGCCCAGACCAGUGCAGCUCAGACCAGUGCAGCUCAGACCAGUGCAGCUCAGACAAGUGCAGUUCAGACCAGUGCCGCCCAAACUAGUGCCGCCCAGUCUACUGUCCGGUCUUCUGCUGCUCAGUCUAGCUCUCUGGCUGCCUUUGCCUCAUCGGCCGUUGCUAUCUCUUCUGGCUCUGUCUCUGUCUCUGUCAGAAAGGCUACAACACCUGCAGCCUCCGCCACGACUCUGGUCAGCACCACCCCCAGCCUUACUCACGGUAGUAACUCGACCACCUCUUCUACCUCAGUUCCCACCGCUGGUGCCGCCAAGAAUCUUGGCUCAUUCGUGGUUGCGGGAGCCGCGGUCCUCGUUGCUGUGAACAUGAUGUAA